CUGUCACUCGCUGCGUUCAACAUCAACUUUCUAGCAAGGUAUCCUGUUGAUAGAAUUUCUGGCCUUUGCAUAUUACUGCUUGUCAUCUAUCUGCACUUGUCUGCAUCAUCCACACCAGCAUCAAUUGGCCCAUUGCCUUCCGCCUCUUCUGGUCCUCACACGCACACCGCUCAACGUCUGCUUCGAUACCGCCCAAAGAACUGCCUUGCGGCUAAGCAAACACAAUUACGAUGGCCCCAAGCGCGAACAAUGGCGAGGGGGUCGACAAUCUCGGCAAUGAGGUAGUGCCCGCCAAUCCAGAUCCCUCGGUGGUCACGAUGACCAAGGUCUCCGGCGAAUGGACCGUGCCCAAAGUCCUAGCCACCAUCUCGACUGGUGCGCCCACCGAGGGCUCGGACUCCCCAAUACCCUACUUCCACCUCCUCGAGCGACUCAAGACAACGAAGCGCGAAGGCUGGAGACGGUUCGGAAUCGUACGCGGUGAAUCGAUCGCGGACCACAUGUACAGGAUGGCCAUGAUCAGCAUGUUUGCGCCCCCCUCGAUACGGGGCAGGGUGGAUAUGCACAAGUGCAUGAAGAUGUGUCUGAUCCACGACAUGGCCGAGAGUCUGGUCGGCGACAUCACACCCGUGGACGGUGUUGCGAAGCCAGAAAAGAAUCGUCGCGAGGCGGCGACGAUGGACUACAUCACGGGGAACCUACUAGGCAACGUGUGGGGAGGCCAGGGGAAGAGCGUCGCUGAGGACAUCAGGGCGGUGUGGCAAGAGUACGAGGACAGCGAGACGCUGGAGAGCCACUUUGUGCAUGACAUUGACAAGAUGGAGCUGGUGCUGCAGAUGGUGGAGUAUGAGAAGCGCGGGGAGAGGAGGCUGGACCUGGGCGAGUUUGCGUGGGUGGCGACACGGCUGGCACUGGACGAGACCAAGGAGUGGGCGCAGGAGGUGCUACGGGAGAGAGAAGAGUACUGGGGCAGAAAAGAGCACCUUCAUGGUGAGAAGGGCGUCGAAGGCGGUGUCGCAAGGGACCAUGUUGACGCCUCAAAGGUGUACUACGAGGGCUCUGGUGGUGCGCCCUCUUAAGAGCCUGAAGGGUCUACGAGUGUCUCGGUUCUUCCGCGUGC